AUCUCAUAUAUUUCCCCCCCUCCCACCCCCCUCACUCUCGCAUUGCCAGUGGGAUAUUGAGCAAGGAUACCAUUCAAGGGGGCAGCGGGCAGUCGGUACUGUGAUUGAACUUUUUAUCUCUUUUUCCUUUUCCUUUGUUGGAGUGAAUCGGAGUGCAAUGGACCCUUGGGCGGUGAUGAUGAUGAAUGAACCUUUCCUACAAAUUUGUGACCCCAUCUCCAAUCGGCUGGAUCUUCUCUUCACCCAUUGUCAUUAUUUUUUCUCUGUUUUUAUUUUCCAACUGCAGUCCUUAAGAAGCACGGACUGGCCAGCCGAUAUGGGAUCAAGCGGGCUUGAGAACUGGGUAAUACUUGUGAUUUAUACGUGUUGGGUCUGGACGCAACAACUGGUGGUAGAUAGAAUGAGAACAUAUUAGAUAUCUUGUCUUGAUCCAUGCAUUUCUGGAACUUUUCAGAUAAAACCGUACCCUCGCUAUACCAG